AUGCUGCGGCUGGCUGUUGUUCAGCUAGCACCGGUGCACGGCGAUGUACAGCGCAACAUAGCACGGGCGAAUCAAUUGCUUGAGAACGCUGGGGUAGGCAAGAAUGGUCAUACUGUCGACGCAGUGUUCUUCCCUGAGAUGGCCUUCACUGGAUACGUCUUUGACACCCCGGAAGAUGUUGUUCCUCUGCUUGAAGAUGUUACAACGUCCUCACCGCUCGCCCUGGAGACUGCACCGCCUAAACCAGCCGAUCCGGAGGCCAACAAGCCCGGUCCAACCAUCUUGUUCUUGUCAGCGUUAGCGCGCACACUCGAUGCACAUGUCUUUGCCGGUGCUCCUAUCGCUCUACACAGUACGGAGACGCGCGCAGAUGGGAUUCUUCCAGGUGAUGCGGCGUAUUCGCAUGAUAUCGGAAGUCGGGACGAAGAUCUGUAUGGCAGAGGUCGAGAGCGCCGGGAGCUCGGUGCGAAUGCUGCGCUAGUCUUUCGUGCGGGGGAUGGUGCUCUUGCAGCGUGCGCGCGAAAGACGAACCUCUUCCGGUCGGACGUCGGAUGGGCCAAGCCAGGUACAUCAUUCACUACAUUCAACCUCCCCAAACUGGGACGUACCUGUGUCGCCAUCUGCAUGGACCUCAAUCCGUUCCCCGCUCCAGACGAUGAUCCCGAGAUAUUCGAACUAGCGGAUCACUGUAUAGCGACCCGUGCGCGCGUGCUAGUGCUGAUCAACGCGUGGUUACGCUCGUCCUCCGAAGCAGACGGCGGGGACGCUGGGACUGAAGGCGAGGAUUGGGACACCAUCCGCUACUGGGCACAUCGCCUGCGUCCGCUAUAUAUGGGCGGAUCCGCUGCAGACGGCGAGCCAAGUGAGGUACUCGUAGUGGUGUGCAAUCGUGUGGGUAGCGAGGGCGGUUUGACAUUUGCGGGCAGUAGCGCCCUACUCAGAUGCGUUCGAGGAAGCGGGCGUGCGCAACUGCUAGACGCCAUGGAUGGCCUUGAAGGCGUGGCGGUCUGGGACAGAGCUCUUCGUAGUAUUCGGGCGUUGGAGCGUAACGAAGUGGCACGCCUCAAUGACCAGAAGUAG